AUGAAAGACUGUGACGGGAAGUAUCGUGAAGAAUGCUCUGAAGAAGGUUGUGGCUGUAUGGAGUUCGAUCCAGCUGACAGUGAGCCUGCAACAUUAUUGGAAUUCAUGGAAAAAAUCUUGAGUAAUGCAACUCCCAGUACUCAACAUGGCAAAUCAAGCACAAUCGAUGUACUUAUACCCCUAGUUGACCGUGAGGAAACCUUGAAGAAGUCCAUGGAUAUUGUCCACUCAAAUAUAGAAAGAUUGUUGAGAACAAAGCCUCCCAAAACUGUUCCAAAGGCAGAUCAGACAAUCAUCUUAUGUGCUGGAACAGCUGGUAUAGGGAAAACACGGUAUGGCAGAGAAUUGUAUUCUGCACUUGAAGCCACAAAGCAACAUACUUGGAAUAAGAUGUGUGACAUGUUGAGCAAAUGCGAACAUAAGUUGAUGACCAAUGUUGAGGAAGUGGAGCAACUAGUUGCAAACUCAUACUCAGUGACUAAGUUUGAGAGGCCACCUAUUCCACAUUAUGAGUACAUCAUGAUUGAUUUCAGCAAUGGUAUGAUAUUGAGUGAUAAAGAGGAGCAACUCUCAGCUGAGGUUAUUCUUUCUCUACGUGUUGCCUUUGUCUUUUUCAUUUGGGGCAAAUAUCAGAUGAGUUUUUCAGAGUUCCGUCAUGAAGCACUUCAGCAUAAUAAUAAAGGACUUUUCAAAUUCCCAAUUGUUGUCGAAAGUAUUCGAAAUAGGCUGAACCUUGUUAUCAACCAAUAUUUGUUCUUAUUCAUUCACCUUGAUGAGGUUCAGUUGAUCUUGAGUUCAAAGUGGAAUGGCCCCUUUGAGAGAAAAGCACCAGCUAUUUCAGAUAUUCUUCCUUCUGAUACAGACCCACCCACAAUGCAAGGAAUGUGUUUCCUCAAAGACAUCUUAUUCCAUCUUGGGAAUUACAUGAUUGAUCAAACUUCCAAUAUCUUCAUCCAGACAUUUAUCUCUGGAACUGCACGGUCAAAGGUGCUUGAAGCAACCAAGCCCACACUUUACAAUAUUGCUCCUAUAAGAUGUCCAAUGUUAUCAAUCAGCUCUUGCAUCUUCAUCCUGAAACAUUUUAUGAAUCUUCUUAAUAUUGCAGAUCAUCUAUGGGUACCCCACUUCUGGCUCCUUGAGCUUCUAUCAGACACAGGUGGCCUCCCACGGGCAUUACAGUAUUUCCUGGAGGAGCUUUUUGGUGUGGGACUUCAAAGAAAGGAAGAUUUCCUUAACAAUCUCCAAAAGCUCCACACCAAAAAACAUUAUUUCAAUAAACUAGUAUUGAUGCUUGAUGGGAGAUAUGCUCUUGAAUCCUUCGCUGAAAAAAACCAAGCACUCAUCUGUGAGCUUAUUCGUCGAUGUAUCUGCCAAAUUUCAUCAAGAAGGAGUGAAACUGUACCACACAGUGAUCCUCUGAGGACUUUUGAUGAUCUGGAGAGUGAGUUGCACAUGAUUCUUGAGGACCAAGAUGACUGCGACAAAAAAGUUCUAGUUCAAAUCCCAUUUCUUUUCCUUCAUUCAUAUAACAAGGCCAUUCUUGAGGGGAACAAAUCUUUACAACAUGGGUUUGUACAAAACUGGUAUGGAGAAUAUAAGGCCUUUGAAGAAUUUUGUGUUGAGUACACAGCUUAUUGUACUAAUAUUUUUGUUGACUGUGGCUUUGUUGAAAUGAACCUCGGAGAAUUUUUUUGUGAUGCUUAUGGUCAGAGAGAAGUCUUGGAAUUGCCUAUCAGACUCAAAAAGCUGGCCUUAGUCAAAGCUAGACACCAUUUUCCAACCUUCAAACUGUCAACCAUUGACAGUAAUGAGAUAGAUUGGCAAGGCCACUUCCUGAUUGUUAAUGCUCAAGGGGCUGAGUUUUCAGAUGCUGUUUUUACUGUCAAAAAUGCCAAUCGCAAUGAUGAGGAAGAGGAACUUUAUCAAAAACUCAUAAGUGGCAAGAUUACUGCUGGCAACAAUAAUAAUAAUCAGGUUGUGACCAGAAAUACUGCAUCAAACCUUGGAUGGGUUUUGUUUGAUGACUGCAAAAUGGAUGUUACCAUGGGGCUUCAAAUGAAGAACUGGAUAUCAACAGAUAUCACUUUGAUUGACAUCCAAUCAGAGCACACCAAAAACAUCAAUACCAUCAAGAAACUAAGAGGUUCUUCACUGUACAGUAGCAUGACAUGGCAUCACAUCAUCACAGUACUAAUCACUACUGCCAAGUUCAAAGAUGAUCCCAAAAAUAUACCCAAAGACUGCCUGUUGAUAUGCCAUGCAAAUUAUCAUGAUUACUUUGGUGACCCUUUUAGCAGCCGAGCCAUUCUGUUUGAGAUGAAGAACAACAACCCAAACUAUGCUGACAAAGACAUUUUGAUAAAGAAGCACAAAUUUAAGGAAGAUGACGCCCAAGCCAUCAUAGAAAAUAGACCCUAUGCUUCACCGGAAGACAUCUUGAGGGUGGUUCCUGCGGCUAAACGGAAAGUCAUUGAGAGUUGGAAUUAUGCUCCUAUUGGAGAUAAUAAUAAUAUUGAUACAAACUAUCCUAAAAAGAAACAAAGAGUAUGA